GCGAACUCCCGUAGGGGCAGUGCUGGUGGGGAAUGGUUUGAGUAAAUCUUUGCUGGACUCACCUGUCCACUACUUCCCCCCCUUCACCAUUUCGGUAGUACAGUAACGUCCGGAGCAUCACCCGUUACGGCAGCACCCUGAUGCUAGAGACGACGGGCUGGAUGUAAGAAAAGCAGUAUCUUCACGCCGGGUAAAAUGGCAGCAAAGUGAGAAUUCUCUCUGUGCCCCACCCUGACUGGCUUCCCUAGCUACAUCCCACACCCCUUUCUGAAUGUGACUUCUGAAUCCGAAUCCGAGCGUGUCUCUUGGCAUAACAGACGGCUGAGCUCCUCCUUCAAGAUCCUGUCUGCCCCUCCAGCGGCGUCUCCCUGGGUCUCUUACCCUUGGGCUUCAGCUGUUCGGAACCGUCAUCUUUCCCAAACACAGUUCGUUUCUAUCUUCAUGACUUUCAUGUUCCUCCCAGUGCCUGGCUGCCUAGAGAACACCUUCCCAUCUUCUGAGACAAAGUUCAAGUUGCUGCUGUGAAGCCUUACCUGGCCACCUCCCCUCUCUUGGUGAACAGUACGCACUCAUUUCUCUUUGGCACAUGCCUGGGAGUGGAGUUGCUGGGCCGCAGGAGAAAGAGAUGCCGGAUGCAAGUUUUGAAGAUCCCUGUUUUUUAUGGAACGCAGUUCUGUAAAAUUUUCACAAGCUUCUUCGGCAAUAACAGACACUUGUGAUGGACCCUAGAAAUACUGCUAUGUUAGGAUUGGGUUCUGACUCGGAAGGGUUUUCAAGGAAGAGUCCCUCUGCCGCCGGCGCGGGGAGCGCGAGGGAAGCGGAGCCGGCGAGCCCCGCCCGAGGGGAGGAGGACCUUGGCCAGUGGCCCCGGGGAAGGGGCGGCGAGGCCGGCGCGGAGGACGGUUUGAGCGGCGCGCAGCAGCAGUUUUCGGUGAAAGAAACAAACUUUUCAGAAGGAAACUUAAAAUUGAAAAUUGGCCUUCAGGCUAAGAGAACUAAAAAACCUCCGAAGAACCUGGAGAACUAUGUAUGUCGACCUGCCGUGAAGACGAGCGCCAGGCACGCGCGGGGCGGGAAGAUGACGGACGAGAGGGGCGAGCGCUGCGCUUCCAAACGGGACCCUUCCAAGUUGUACAAGAAAACAGGUGAUGUCGCAGCCGUUGAAUGCCAGUCUGAAGAGAGCGUGCGUCUUCAUUCACAGGGAGCACACAGUCCUCUGUCUAAGAAGCUUUCUCCGGGGCACUCAGAAAUGACAGAUUACAUUAACGCGGCAUCCUCGACUCUUGUUGGUAGCCGGGAUCCUGAUUUAAAGGACAGAGCAUUACUUAAUGGAGGAACGAGUGUAACAGAGAAGUUGGCACAGCUCAUUGCAACUUGUCCUCCCUCUAAGUCUUCCAAGACUAAACCGAAGAAGUUGGGAACCGGCACUGCUGCGGGCUUGGUUAGCAAGGAUUUGAUCCGGAAAGCAGGCGUUGGCUCUGUAGCGGGAAUCAUACAUAAGGACUUAAUAAAAAAACCAGCUAUCAGCACAGCAGUUGGAUUGGUAACUAAAGAUCCUGGGAAAAAGCCGGUGUUUAAUGCAACGGUAGGAUUGGUCAACAAGGACUCCGUGAGAAAACUCGGAGCUGGCAGUGCAGCCGUAUUCAUUAAUAAAGACUUGGGCCGGAAGCCAGGGACUGUCGCUACAGUAGGGCUGCUGAGCAAGGAUUCAGGAAAGAAGCUAGGAAUUGGUAUCGUUCCAGGUUUAGUGAAUAAGGAAUCUGGAAAGAAAUUAGGACUCGGCACUGUGGUGGGACUGGUUAAUAAAGACUUGGGCAAGAAGUUAAGUUCCACCGUCGGUCUGGUGGCUAAGGACUGUGCGAAGAAGAUCGUAGCCAGUUCCGCAAUGGGAUUAGUGACUAAGGACGUGGGAAGGAAACUGGUGAGUUGUUCUGUGGCGGGACUGGUCAGUCAGGACGCCAUAAACCUUAAGGCCGAAGCACUGCUCCCCACUCAGGAACCACUUAAGGCUUCUUGUAGUACAAACGUCAGUAGUCAUGAAAGCCAGGGAAUUCCGGAAUCCCUGAAAGAUAGUACCACCAGCAAAACUUUUGAGAAGAAUGUUAUACGGCAGAGUAAAGAAAGCAUAUUGGAGAAGUUCUCAGUUAGAAAAGAAAUCAUUAAUUUGGAGAAGGAAAUGUUUAGUGAGGGAACAUGCAUUCAGCAGGACAGUUUCUCAGCCAGUGACCGGGCGCCAUAUGAAACCUCGAAGCAUGAAAAGCAAGCUCCCGUGUACUGCACUUCUCCAGACUUCCAGGCGGGAGCUCCUUCUGACGUGUCCACAGCAAAGUCCCCUUUCAGCGCGGCGGGGGAGGGCAGCCUCCCUUCCCCGUCACCUACUUCAUCGGUUAACCCCUUAACCAGAAGUCCCCCUGAAAUGUCUUCACAGUUGGCCCCUCAUCCGUUACUUCUAAGUCCUCCCACGGAAUUGCUGGAGGACAUUUCCGCAUCUGCCGGCAAGAAGCAGUUCCCUGCAGAAAGUGCCCACCUGAACAUCGGGCACAGGUCUGUGGGUCACAGCGUGAACGUGGGAUGUAAAGGAAUCGAUCAAGAGCUAGCUGAUUCAAAAGCCACACACAUAGAUAUUCCAAGAAUAAGCUCUUCCCUGGGAAAAAAGCCACCUUUGACUUCUGAGUCCAGUAUUCACGCCAUCACGCCCUCCGUUGUUAACUUCACUAGUCUGUUCAGUAACAAGCCCUUUCUGAAGCUCGGGGCGGUGAGCGCGUCUGACAGGCACUGCCAGGCUGCCGAAAGCCUGAGCUCCAGCUUGCAGGCCAAACCGCUAAAGAAAAGGAAAGGGAGAAAACCUCGGUGGACUAAAGUGGUGGCCAGAAGCACAUGCCGGUCUCCAAAAGGGCUAGAAUUAGAAAGAUCAGAGCUGUUCAAAAACGUUUCAUGCAGUUCACUGUCCGGCGGUAAUGCCGAGCCGGCCAAGUUCAUGAAGAACAUCGGCCCGUCUUCAUUUGUCGACCAUGACUUCCUCAAACGUCGGUUGCCAAAGUUGAGCAAGUCCGCAGCGCCGUCUCUCGCUCUCUUAGCCGAGAGUGAAAAGACAUCGGCCAAGGCUUUCGCUGCUCACAAGCUGCCCUCCAGCAUGUGCGUCUCCAGUGACCUCCUGUCCGGUAUCUAUAAGCCCAAAAGAGGACGACCUAAAGCGAAGGAGAUGCCGCAGCUGGAAGGCCCGCCUAAGAGGACUUUGAAAAUCCCUGCCUCCAAAGUUCUCUCUCUGCAGUCUAAGGAAGAACAGGAACCCCCAAUUUUGCAGCCCGAAAUUGAAAUUCCUUCCUUCAAACAAAGUCUUUCUGUGUCUCCUUUUCCGAAAAAACGAGGCCGACCUAAGAGGCAGAUGAGGUCACCGGUCAAGAUGAAGCCACCUGUUCUCUCCGUGGCCCCGUUCGUUGCCACUGAGAGUCCAAGCAAGCUGGAGUCGGAAAGUGACAACCAUCGAAGCGGCAGUGACUUCUUUGAGAGUGAGGACCAGCUUCAGGACCCAGACGAUCUGGAUGACCGUCACAGGCCCGCCGUCUGCAGCGUGAGUGACCUUGAGAUGGAGCCAGAUAAAAAAAUUACCAAGAGAAACAAUGGACAGUUAAUGAAAACAAUUAUCCGCAAAAUAAAUAAAAUGAAGACUUUGAAGAGGAAGAAACUGUUAAAUCAGAUCCUCUCAAGCUCCGUAGAAUCCAGUAAUAAGGGGAAAGUGCAAUCCAAGCUCCAUAACACAGUGUCGAGUCUCGCCGCCACCUUCGGCUCUAAGUUGGGCCAGCAGAUAAAUGUCAGCAAGAAAGGAACCAUUUACAUAGGGAAGAGAAGGGGUCGGAAACCCAAAACCGUCUUAAAUGGCAUCCUUUCCGGCAGCCCCAGCAGCCUCGCGGUCCUGGAGCAAACCGCGCAGCAGGCGGCCGGUUCCGCGCUGGGACAGAUACUCCCCCCUCUGCUGCCGUCGCCCGCCAGCGCGUCUGAGAUCCCGUCGCCCGUCUGCUCUCAGUCUUCCGGGACCAGCGGAGGCCAGAGCCCCGUGAGCAGCGACGCGGGCUUCGUGGAGCCCAGCUCGGCGCCGUACUUGCAUUUACACUCCGGCCGCGGCAGCAUGAUUCAGACUCUGGCCAUGAAGAAGGCCGCCAAGGGGAGGAGGCGACUCUCUCCCCCGACUCUGUUGCCCAGUUCUCCCUCGCACUUGAGUGAGCUCACCUCCCUGAAGGAAGCGACUCCCUCUCCCGUCAGCGAGUCUCAUAGCGAUGAGACCAUCCCCAGCGACAGUGGCAUCGGGACAGAUAAUAACAGCACGUCAGACAGAGCGGAGAAGUUCUGCGGGCAGAAGAAGAGGAGGCAUUCUUUUGAACACGUGUCUCUGAUUCCCCCUGAAACCUCCACCGUCCUGAGCGGCCUGAAGGAAAAGCACAAGCAUAAGUGCAAGCGCAGGAGCCACGAUUACCUCAGCUACGACAAGAUGAAAAGGCAGAAGCGAAAACGGAAAAAGAAAUACCCCCAGCUCCGAAGCAGACAGGACCCAGACUUCAUCGCGGACCUGGAGGAGCUGAUAAGUCGUCUGAGCGAGAUCCGAAUCACCCACCGAAGUCACCACUUCAUCCCGCGAGACCUGCUGCCCACUAUUUUUCGGAUCAACUUUAACAGUUUCUAUGCGCACCCCUCCUUCCCCUUAGACCCUUUGCACUACAUUCGGAAACCUGAUCUGAAAAAGAAGAGAGGGAGGCCUCCCAAGAUGAGGGAGGCAAUGGCGGAGAUGCCCUUCAUGCACAGCCUUAGUUUUCCUCUUUCCAGUACCGGGUUCUACCCCUCCUACGGCAUGCCUUAUUCUCCCUCGCCCCUGGCGGCCGCGCCCCUGGGGCUGGGCUACUACGGAAGGUACCCGCCCGCGCUCUAUCCUCCUCCUCCUUCUCCUUCGUUCACGCCCCCCCUGCCGCCCCCUUCCUACAUGCAUGCCGGGCACCUACUGCUCAAUCCCACCAAAUACCAUAAGAAGAAACACAAGCUGCUUCGACAGGAGGCCUUCCUCACAACCAGCAGGAGCCCCCUCCUUUCCAUGAGCACCUACCCCAGCGUCCCUCCCGAGAUGGCCUAUGGGUGGAUGGUCGAGCACAAGCACCGGCACCGGCACAAGCACAGGGAGCACCGCUCUUCCGAGCAGCCCCAGGUUUCCAUGGACGCGGGCUCUUCCAGGUCUGUUUUGGAGUCUUUGAAGCGCUAUCGAUUUGGAAAGGAAACUGUUGGAGAGCGAUACAAACACAAGGAAAAGCACCGAUGUCAUAUGUCCUGCCCCCAUCUCUCUCCUUCCAAAAGCUUAAUAAAUCGAGAGGAGCAGUGGGUCCACCGGGAGCCUUCGGAAUCCAGCCCACUGGCCCUGGGACUCCAGACGCCCUUACAGAUUGACUGCUCAGAAAGUUCUCCAAGUUUAUCCCUUGGAGGAUUCACUCCCAACUCUGAUCCGGCCAGCAGUGAUGAACAUACGAACCUUUUCACAAGUGCAAUAGUGCAAGGCAGCUGCAGAGUUUCGAACCCUAACUCCAGUGGCCGGAAGAAAGUAACGGACAGCCCUGGACUGUUUUCCGCACAGGACACUUCGCUCGCUCGGCCUCACAGGAAGGAGCCACUGCCUUCGGGCGAAAGGGCAGUGCAGACCAUGACAGGCUCGCAGCCGCCGUCCGAGAGCACCAACCGCAGCCCCGCCCGGAAGCGGUCGCCGUCCGAGAGUACUUCUUCGACAGUAAACGGAGUUCCCUCUCGAAGUCCAAGACUGCUUGCUUCUGGGGACGACUCUGUGGGGAGUCUGCUGCAGCGGGUGGUCCCGCACGAGGACCAGGAGCCCCUGGAGAAGAACAUCGAGGCCGGGAUCGCGUCUGCCUCGGGGCCCCCUUCCUCCAGCCCAGGACGCAGCCACAGCAAGGAGCGGGCCCUGGGGAAGCCGGACAGCCUUCUGGUGCCCGCGGCCCCCACGGACACUUGCGGAGGCGGCAUCUCGCUCCUGUCGGAGAAGCUGCCGAGCAGCUGCUCGCCCCACCACGUCAAGAGAAGUGUCGUGGAGGCCAUGCAGCGCCAAGCUCGGAAAAUGUGCAAUUAUGACAAAAUCUUGGCCACGAAGAAAAACCUGGACCAUGUCAAUAAAAUAUUAAAAGCCAAAAAACUUCAAAGACAGGCCAGGACGGGGAAUAACUUUGUGAAGCGCAGACCGGGGCGACCUCGGAAAUGCCCCCUCCAGGCGGUGGUGUCCAUGCAAGCGUUCCAGGCUGCCCGCGUGGUCAGCCCCGACUCGACCGAGGGCGAGGAGAGCGCGGCCCUGCCGCUCCGCGCCGAUACGGUGACGGACGCCAUCGAGGCUGUGGUGCAGAGCGUCACCCUGAGUCCAGAACACAAGAAGGGGCUGAAGCGGAAGAGCUGGCUGCUGGAGGAGCAGGCCAAGAAGAAGCAGAAGCCGUUCCCAGAGGGCGAGCAGGAGUGCUGUACGAGCCCAAAGAGCCGGUUGAUCCAGUUAAAGAAAGAGAAGCUGGAAUACUGUCCGGGAGAGCACGAGUUCGGACUGUUCCCGGCCCCCAUUCAUGUCGGAAAGUAUCUGAGGCAAAAGAGAAUUGACUUCCAGCUCCCCUAUGACAUCCUUUGGCAGUGGAAGCACAAUCAGCUGUACAAAAAGCCAGAUGUCCCACUAUAUAAAAAAAUCCGUUCAAAUGUCUACGUUGACGUCAAGCCCCUUUCUGGUUACGAGGCCACCACCUGUAACUGUAAGAAGCCAGAGGAGGACUCCGGGAAGGGCUGUGUGGACGACUGCCUCAAUAGAAUGAUCUUUGCCGAGUGUUCCCCCAACACUUGCCCCUGUGGUGAGCAGUGCUGUAACCAGAGGAUACAGAGGCAUGAGUGGGUGCAGUGUCUAGAACGAUUUCGAGCUGAGGAAAAAGGUUGGGGAAUAAGAACCAAAGAACCCCUGAAAGCUGGGCAGUUCAUCAUCGAAUACCUAGGGGAGGUUGUCAGCGAACAGGAGUUCAGGAACAGGAUGAUCGAGCAGUAUCAUAAUCACAGUGACCACUACUGCCUGAACCUGGAUAGUGGGAUGGUGAUCGACAGCUACCGGAUGGGCAAUGAGGCCCGAUUCAUCAACCACAGCUGCGACCCAAACUGUGAAAUGCAGAAAUGGUCUGUCAAUGGCGUGUACCGGAUCGGACUGUACGCUCUGAAAGACGUACCAGCUGGUACCGAGCUCACUUACGAUUACAACUUCCAUUCCUUUAAUGUGGAGAAACAGCAACUGUGUAAGUGUGGCUUCGAGAAAUGUCGAGGAAUCAUCGGGGGCAAGAGUCAGCGCGUGAACGGACUCACCAGCAGUAAAAGCAGCCAGCCCGUGGCUACGCAUAAGAAGUCCGGACGGUCGAAAGAGAAGAGGAAGUCAAAGCACAAGCUGAAGAAGAGGAGAGGCCACCUCUCCGAAGCACCCAGCGAAAACAUGAACACUCCAGCGAGCUCGGCCCCGCAGAUUCAGAUGAAGCCAAUGUCUAAUCGCGAGAGGAACUUUGUGUUAAAGCAUCAUGUAUUCUUGGUCCGAAACUGGGAGAAGAUUCGGCAGAAACAAGAGGAAGUCAAGCACACCAGUGACACCCUCCACUCUGCGUCGCUCUACAGCCGCUGGAACGGCAUCUGCCGAGAUGACGGGAACAUCAAGUCCGACGUCUUCAUGACCCAGUUCUCGGCCCUACAGACAGCACGGUCGGUUCGCACAAGGCGGCUGGCAGCGGCGGAGGAAAACAUUGAGGUGGCGCGGGCAGCCCGCCUCGCCCAGAUCUUCAAAGAGAUCUGUGAUGGCAUCAUCUCCUACAAAGAUUCUUCCCGACAAGCUCUGGCCGCCCCCCUCUUGAACCUCCCCCCAAAGAAAAAGAACGCGGAUUACUACGAGAAGAUCCCAGAGCCGCUGGACCUGGCCACCAUCGAGCGACAGAUCCUCACCGGCCAUUACAAGACCGUGGAGGCCUUUGACGCUGACAUGCUCAAGGUGUUCCGCAACGCUGAGAAGUACUACGGGCGCAAGUCGCCCAUCGGGAGGGACGUGUGCCGCCUGCGGAAGACCUACUACAACGCGCGGCACGAGGCGUCGGCGCAGAUCGACGAGAUCGUGGGGGAGACGGCGAGCGAGGCGGACAGCAGCGAGACGUCGGUGUCGGAGAAGGAGAACGCGCACGAGAAGGACGACGACGUGAUCCGCUGUGUCUGCGGCCUGCACAAGGACGAAGGCCUCAUGAUCCAGUGCGACAAGUGCAUGGUGUGGCAGCACUGCGACUGCAUGGGGGUGACCUCGGCCGUGGAGCACUACCUGUGCGAGCUCUGCGACCCGCGGCCUGUGGACAGAGAGGUACCCAUGAUUCCUCGGCCCCACUAUGCCCAGCCGGGCUGUGUCUACUUCAUCUGUUUGCUCCGAGAUGAUUUGCUGCUUCGUCAAGGCGACUGCGUGUACCUGAUGCGGGACAGCCGGCGCACACCUGACGGCCACCCAGUCCGCCAGUCCUACCGACUGCUGUCGCACAUUAACCGAGACAAACUGGACAUCUUCCGCAUUGAGAAGCUCUGGAAGAAUGAGAAAGAGGAACGGUUUGCCUUUGGGCACCACUACUUCCGCCCCCACGAGACCCACCACUCUCCGUCCCGCCGCUUCUAUCACAACGAGCUAUUCCGGGUGCCACUCUACGAGAUCAUUCCUUUGGAGGCUGUGGUGGGGACCUGCUGUGUCCUGGACCUUUAUACUUACUGUAAAGGGAGACCCAAAGGAGUGAAGGAGCAAGACGUGUACAUCUGUGACUACCGGCUUGACAAGUCCGCACACCUGUUCUACAAAAUCCACCGGAAUCGCUACCCUGUCUGCACCAAACCCUAUGCCUUCGACCACUUCCCCAAGAAGCUCACUCCCAAAAGAGAUUUCUCCCCUCAUUACGUCCCAGACAACUACAAGAGGAACGGAGGGCGGUCGUCCUGGAAGUCCGAGCGCCCAAAGCCCCCCCUGAAAGACCUGGGGCAGGAGGACGACGCUCUGCCCUUGAUCGAAGAGGUUCUGGCCAGCCAGGAGCAAGCCGCCAACGAGAUGCCCAGCCUGGAGGAGCCAGAGCGGGAGGGGGCCGCUGCGGAAAUCAGCGAGGGGGCCAAGAAGCCAGAGGAGAGUGGGCAGGACCCCCAGCCCGCAUGUACCCCUGAGGAACGAAGGCACAGCCAGCGGGAGCGACUCAACCAGAUCUUACUCAAUCUCCUUGAAAAAAUCCCUGGGAAAAAUGCCAUCGACGUGACCUACUUGCUGGAGGAGGGCUCGGGCCGGAAGCUGCGGAGACGCACUUUGUUCAUCCCGGAAAACAGCUUUCGGAAGUGAGCGGCCCAGCGGCUCGAGCGCCCGCCGCGCGUGGAGCGCCCCGUCCUGCCUCUGGGCCUCGGAGCGCGGCCGGGGCGGGCGGGGCCGCGUCGCUGGCCUUGGGUACUUCACACACCGUGGAGCUAGCGGAGAGGAAGGGGGUCUGUCUAAACGGCGCGCUCCGACUCGGCCUCCUCUCCACCGCUUCCCCCAGCGGGUUUGUGACCGGACGAGGACCGGGCACACGGGGGUGACCGGAGCCUCGUGGAACUUGACAACACUCGCCCCUGCCCCCAGGCUGGGUCUUUCUGUGUCACCCUCCGGUCCCACGGGCCCUGCCGCCGAGCUGCUUCCUCUGCCCAGGGGUCCCGCCCCGUCCAGCAGGAGGGGACCCCCCCUUCUCUGUGGGCUCCAAGAGCUACCCCCAGGGACCUCAGACAGAAGUGGCAGCUGCGGCCUCUUUCCAGACAGAUCCUGGCCCGGGAGGGUUUCUCCUUUCUUGCCCAGUCAGGUCAGAGUAAAACGCGAACUGCCGAGUCCAAGCACUUGCGCCCUCCGCCCUUCUCCCUGCCUCUCCCCCCGGAAUGUAAUCGUGGGUCAGGGAAGGCCCCCAUGGGGUCAGAGGGCACAGGACUUGAGGUCGUGGUUUUUGUUUUAACCUUCAUAACCUGCCAGACCUGGUUUUUUCUAACAAGAAGGCCAGGCCCCUGCGGUACCCAGCUGCACCCACGCUGUGGCCGCGUGUGUCUGCCGGGCCCCAGGGACGGAGACGCGUCUCAGAACAGACUCACUGUAGAGCCUCCGUAGAAGCGACCCCCAGCCUCCCCCGAGUCAGUCCACAGACGCCGACAGUGUUCGCCGGUCAGAGUGUCUGUCGUGAGUGCGCAGCAUCAGCUCAAAACACUACUCUGUUUUCUCCGUCACCUGGUUUUCAGUGUCCCGCUCUUAGAGACAGGGCUCACCCCCCACGUCCCACGUCCUCCGCCCCCUGGUGACGGCAGCAGGAGGGACAUCAUGAUGUCUCCUUCCUUCCCCUUCUCUUGGCCAGAAGUUACCAGACAAUACUGUCUCUUUAAAAAUAAAAUUUAAAAAGCUUUGCUUUGUUGUCUUCUCAGACAUACAUAUGCAUAUACGUUUUAGAUGUUCUUAUAAGAGAAAAGAUGGAUUUUAAAUGUGCCAAGUUGUGUGUGUAUAUAUGUCCGUACGGAUGUGUGUGUGUGUGUCUGCUGCACGACUCGGGAGCAGUAGAGCAGGACGCACGGCCCCACCGUUCUCGAAACCUGGACCAAUGCUGUCCUCCCUGUAUGUUUCCCCGUGAUGCCGACGCUCUGACUUGUUUAGGUAGAAACACGGACACCUUCCAUUCCAUUGAAUCUUUGUUUCUUUUUCUCCUUUCUGUGUCGAUCUUGAGGGAAGAAAAACAAACAAAAGAGACAGGGGAUGCCAAAGAUCCCCUCGAGCAGAGAAAAAGCAGAAUAAAUAUUUUAUUAAAGAAAAAAGAGAAUUAAGAAAAUAGUUUGGAGUAUUUUCUUACUGUAGAGAAGCACUGUACAUUACGGCGAGACCUGGGUAUGAGAUACGCACGUGCGGAGCCGGACCGUCGCAUGCCACGCCACGCCACGCCACGAAACGUUUAAGUGGUUUCCUUUGGUUUUCAUUGCAGGGAGCUGGGGGGAGGGAGGUGGGAAAUAGGGGCACUUUGGGGGUCUCCUUUUAGUCAAAAAGCAGGAAAAUGACAAGAAAGAGAUUAAAAUUCAAUAUUUCCUUGAAUAGUGUUAAACACUAAAAUUUUAAAAAAGACAAAAAAAGAAAAAAACUUUGUAAAAAUGUGAGAACAGAAGCAAAAGACACUACGCUCUGUCAUUUUAUCUUUCUUUUGUUGAAAGACUAAAAACUGAAAUGUUUUUUAGACAAUCAAAUGUUAGGUAAGUGCAAAAACUUGUUUUUUCUUACUGGUGUAGAAAUUAAUGCCUUUUUUUAUUUUUCGGUUAUUUUAUAAUAAUGAAAUAAAAAGAGCCCCCCAGCUGCCGGGUGGGUUUCGGUGUUUGCAGCGCGGGGCAGGCACUACAGCACCGCGAAUAGAUACAGUUAGUCUGCAUGUCUGUGUGAUUGCGGAACACAUAAAUGCUGCUAAUAUAUUUCCUUUUUACAAAAGCCUAUCUAAAUAGAUGAUUGUUUUGAUGUUAAUCUUUGUAAAUUAUGUAUUACCGAUUUUAACAUUGGAUGUAAUUGCAUAAAAAGCUUGCAUCUCAAUCCUUGAAAGUCUAGUAUUAAAUGGAAAAACUUUUCCUAACAACA